AUGCAGACGGCAAAGGGGAAGGCCGAGGCGCAGGGACGGAAGGCCAAGCUUGCGACUUCCUACCAGGAGCUCUUGGACGAAUUCUCGAGCACCGACCUCAAGUCCGUCGGCAACUAUACUCUCGGCCGCUUGAUUGGCAAAGGCUCCUUUGGCAAGGUCUACUUGGCCUCCCACAAACUCACAAAUGGCUCCAAGGUCGUCUUGAAGUCGGCGAAUCGAACCGACUCGAACCUGGCCCGCGAGAUCCACCAUCAUAGACAAUUCGUCCACCCCCAUAUCGCAAGAUUAUAUGAGGUGAUUGUGACGGAGAACUUGGUGUGGAUGGUCCUGGAGUAUUGUGCAGGCGAUGAACUGUACAACUACCUCCUCGACCAUGGCCCGCUUCCUAUGCCAAAGGUGCAAAAGAUCUUUGCCCAACUAGUCGGCGCCGUCAGCUACGUUCACAUGCAGUCUUGUGUCCAUCGCGACCUCAAGCUCGAGAACAUCCUCUUCGAUACGCACGAAAACGUGAAGCUUGUCGACUUUGGCUUCACCAGAGAAUAUGAAGGCCGAACGAACCAUUUGCAGACCUUUUGCGGAACAAUAUGCUACUCUGCGCCUGAAAUGCUAAAGGGGGAAAAGUAUGCUGGCGAAAAGGUGGAUGUCUGGAGCUUGGGCAUUAUUCUAUACGCCUUGCUCUGUGGAGAGCUACCUUUUGACGACGACGAUGACAACGUAACCCGAACCAAGAUUCUUACAGAAGAACCAGCCUAUCCCGAACACUUUCCUACAGAGGCAAUUCCUCUCAUCAAAUCCCUCCUGUCGAAGCGACCUCUUCUCCGACCAUCGCUUCCGGAAAUUCUAGCUCAUCCUUUUCUCGCAGAGCACGCACCGGCGCAGCAGGCCAUUCUCGAAACAAAGGCCCUACCUCCCUUUUCUACUCUACUGGAGAAAGACUGCCUACACCGCAUGCGUAGUGCUGGCGUGGACACCGACGCGAUUAUUGAAAGUGUACUCGCGCAAAAGUGUGAUGCCUUGGCCGGAUGGUGGACGCUGCUGCUCGAAAAGGAGGAACGAAAGAUGCGUCGGAGGGAAAGAAAGAGAAAAGAAAGAGAGAACGACAAGAGCCUGCAUAGGAUAUCAGUAGCGUCAAGUCGUUUUGAGCGAAUGCUGCAGGAUGUCGACGAGGACGGCGGUCUGACAAAGCAGUUUAUCAAAUUAGGAGACCCGGCGAUGCCCAGAGCUCGUGGAAGACCGGAUCGAAGAAGCGCUCACUACUAUGACCUGGCCAUUGCUGACAUGUCUUACUUUACCACCGAGGGCAGUCGUUCAAAUGGUCCACAGACUCCAGACGAGAAUGGCCGCCAUCGUUCCAUUGACAGCCACUCGAUUCGCUCAGUCUCGACGACGCGCAACUACCGACCGAUUCCACCGCCCAAGGAAGGCAUUUUGCGCAGCGCCAGGUCUCGAGGAUCAACUCUGCAUCUUGUCACCACGACCGAGUCGCUUGGCCUGGGUGACCACAGCGCUCCACCAAGCUCUCAACAGCAGGAUGACAAUAGCUUACAGAAGGCGAAGAAGAAGCCCAGCCAGGCCAUCAUCGCUCACUGGAGAAACUGGACCCAUUGGUUCAUUGAGAACACGACGAGGAGGCGACGUGGCCAUGAAAGGCGCACGAGUCGAAGCGUGCCAGACUUGCAUAAGAAAGAAGGCAGCACCAAAAGCAGCAAUGAUGCCAGUCCCAGGCCACAAACCAGCAAAUACCCGAACACGAAUUCCCUAGGACCAAACGCUACCGCUCCCCUCCCCAAGGGGGUCGUGGCAAACGGACACCUGGGCAAGGCUAACGGAUCCUCUAGCUAUGGCUCUCUUCGAGGAAGCGUAAGCGGGCCGGUAGUGACACCAACUCAGCAACCGUUGAGACCUCGGAUUGCCACCUCACAGGCUUAUAAACGCCAGUCACUCUCGCCAUCUCCGCUAACGCCUCGAGGUACUGCCGCUCGACGUUCGUCGGCAGGCUUGCGGGGGAGAAAAUCGACAUCAUCUUCCGUGUCUUCCGUCCGAUCAAUGCAUCACCAUCAUCACACGCACUCCAAGGCAUCUUCCACCAGCUCCACCGGCUCCGUGUCAACGUCUAAAACGCCGUUAGGCCGUGGACACUCGCCUCAUCACUCGGUCAAAGUUCUCCCUGCGACGCCCACGGGCACAGGAUUCCCUUCCAACAUUCGCCUCGUUCGCAUGCCACCUGCUCCGCCGGUGAACUCGUACAAUGAAGGCAUGCCAUCGCAAGCUCCUGGGUCCCCCAACCCCUUUGCCUCGGGCGUCAUGUUUGCGAAGCGAAAGAAGAACAUCUUCAAGGGCCCGGCCCUCAGUUUCGGAGCCUCCCACGGACCGGUACGGAAUGCGGCUGCCGGAUCCCAUUCCCAUUCCCGCAGUGGCAGCGCCUCGGGAUUGGGACGCCGCUCCGGAGAGAUUACUAUCCAGGAGGAAGAUGAAGACCACAUGGGCGGUCUUGAUGAGGAAGAAGAAGAAAUCGAGGAGGUGGAUGCGUUUGGCCCCGUGAUUGGUGGCCCGGGGGAGAUUAUUGAGGAGCAGAUCCUUGAAGACGAAGCGACGACUCCGACGGCAGAGAUACACAGUCCUUCUUCGACAAUCUCUCCUAGAAACACUACUAUACUCGCAUAA